CGAGCUUGCCGGAUUUGUCCAGUGCGAAGCGGAGUUUUGUGCCCUUAUUCAUUGCUAGCGAAAUGUCCACGCCACGUAGUCAACAACUUAAUCCACGCGCCAACGUCUUCAUAUUGGUCAACCUGGGCUGUGAGGCAUUGUACGUAAUUGACCAGCGUUUGAAGGCACAACAAAUUUCCACCGAACAAUGUGUGCAAGUUAUACACGAUGUGACGACCGUGCUGCUGGAACCAAAAUUUCUGGAGUCCAUCAUCAAUGGGUCGAUGCAUAGCAAUGCCCAACUGCUGACGGCGGAUCAGUGCAAGUUUAUGGUCAAUGAUAUUGCAACGUGUUCGGUGAUGCGUCUGGACGAGUUGUCCAUGGAGAAGCUGUGGAAUCUGAUGACCAUGGUGUACAAGUGGCAAUUGUUUGUCUCCCGACACCAACAUCAUUUGCUGGACAUCACCAUUCGGCACUUGGAUGGCAUCAGCAAACUGUAUCCGGAUGCAAAGCGACAUAUGCUGAUUGAUUUCAGCAAGAAUACAUUGUUGGAUUUCUGGAAUGCUUGCGGCGAGGAGCAACAGCUGUCCAUUUAUCGGAGCAACAAGGCCUGGCUGCAGUGCUUCAAUGUGAAGAUAUCGCUGCUGAUACGUCUUGGCUUUCAGGCUUUAGACGGUAGUUUCUUGCCUGUUUUAGAUCAUGGUCUUUACAAGGACUACGUGCAAUGCAUUGGCGACAAUAUCUUUGUCAUAAGCAACAAGCAGCAGCAGCAACAGCAACAACAGCAGCGUGAACCCAAUCGCAUGGAUCAGUUGGCGGCACAGUUGAGCGUUGGCCAGACGUCGAGCAGUGCUGGCGAGGAUUUGCAGGCCAUGGAUGCGAAUCAGCUGCAGAAACAAAUCGAGCAAACAUUUUCGCAUAUUUUAUUUCCCGAUUUUGAUAACAAUGCGGCGGCAGCAGCAGGAGCAACAGCAACAACAGCCACAUCUCAAGUGCAACGCCAUUCUGGCUGUGAAUUUGUUCAGCUGAGUAAUGUGGAUGAGCAGCAGUUGGCCAAUCCACCUAGUCGCAGUGCUGGCACAGGAUCGUCACUCAAUCAGCAGCUUCUCGAUCUGUACAGCAAAAUUAACUGAAAAUUGACUGUGAAGUGUGAAAUAAAGUGUGGCGCCAUCUAGCGUCAAGUAAGAGCAGCAUA